AUGAACACAAGUAGUCUGUUAACCAAGGCCGCAGCGGCCCCGAGCCGUCUGCUUCCCGUCCAAGCUUGUCGACGACCCAAGUUGGGAGAAGCUCUCUGUAAACAUGCGCAAAUUCACACCGCAGCUUUUGCAGCUUCUUCCAGGCCGUCUGUUCGAUUCCUAUCACCUGCGAAUAGCUCGGCCCCAUCCUCGAAACGAGCUUUCCAUGCGACGCCAACCAACCUCGCAACAAAAGACCCGUACAAAGCACUAGGUGUUGGCAAAUCAGCUUCGGCUUCCGAGAUCAAGAAGGCCUACUACGGCCUCGCAAAGAAGUAUCAUCCCGACACCAACAAGGACGCCUCGGCCAAGGAAACAUUUGGCGAGAUCCAGUCCGCCUACGAAAUUCUCUCCGAUCCUGCGAAGAAGCAACAAUACGACCAGUUCGGCGCCGCCGGCUUCGAUCCCAGCGGUGGAGGUGGACCUGGUGGCUUUGGCGGAGGCGACCCCUUUGGCGGCGGUAAUCCCUUCCACGGCUUUGGAGGUCAAGCCGGCGGCGGGUUCGGCGGAGGCUUCAACUUUGACGACAUCUUUUCGGCUUUCACCGGCGGUCAGGGCGGACCCUUUGGUGGUGGUCGCGGACGCGGUGGACGCAACCCGUUCCGCGAGGAGGUCCUUGUCGGCGACAACAUUGAGGUGCACGCCAGUAUCUCCUUCAUGGAGGCCGCCAAGGGUGUCGCCAAGACUCUCCACAUCACGCCUCUGUCCACCUGCGGCACCUGCUCUGGCAGCGGUCUCAAGGCCGGCACGAAGCGCACUGAGUGCAAGACAUGUCACGGCACCGGCACCCGCGUGCACACAAUGAACGGCGGCUUCCAGAUGGCCUCGACCUGCGGCUCCUGCGGCGGUACGGGCUCUACGGUGCCCCGCGGCGGCGAAUGCAAACCCUGCUCUGGCAACGGCGUUGUGCGCGAGCGCAAGACCAUCACUGUCGAUAUUCCCGCUGGUAUUGAAGACGGCAUGCGCCUCCGCGUCGACGGUAGUGGCGAUGCGCCCGUGACCGGCAAGGCCGCGGACCCCAACGUGCGCGCGCAGAAGGGCGACCUAUAUGUCUUUGUGCGCGUCGCAUCAGACCCCAAGUUCCGCCGUGCUGGCUCCGACAUUCUCUACACGGCCAACUUGCCCAUCACGACGGCCAUGCUCGGCGGCGAAGUCACGAUACCGACAUUGACAGGCCAGGUCAACGUCAAGGUGGCCACGGGCACAAGCACGGGCGAUCGCCUGACGCUGUCAGGCAUGGGCAUGAAGAAGCUCAGCGGUCGUGGCGGAUCGGGCGAUCUCAAGGUUGAGUUCCGUGUCAGCAUGCCCAAGUAUCUCAGCGCCAACCAGCGCACGUUGAUCGAAAUGCUGGCCAACGAGAUGGGCGACAAGACGGCCAAGCGUAUCAUGAAUGUCUCGCCGACUGGAUCGACCGUUGACCCUGACGCCUCCGACUCGCACAAGAACGAGGGCUUCCUCAAGUCCAUGUGGCACACUCUCACGAACCACCCGGCACACAAAAAGUCGGAAACCGAUGCCAGCGGCAGCUCGACUGACAAGCCGGCCGACAAGCCGGUCGAGAAGCCGGCCGAGAAGAAGGACGACCCCCCGAAGAAGCCAGACUCGCCCUGA